CAGAUUUGACGACUCUCUCUCGCCGGCGCCGGAGAUAACCACCAUCAUCUUGUAUAAGGUAGAUCUAAGCACUCGCAUCUCUGUCACUUUCGUAUUCUGCAUGCUUAGUUAUGUACACGUAAUCAAGACAUGAUCUCAACACACAGUCUCGUCUUUUAGCCAUGGCAGCUGAAACCUGAGGUUCAUGAAUUUAAGUUUUUAUUAAAGGUGGUGUUCCAUUGUUUGAAUGACGUUCUAUGGAUGCAAAAUAUUGACUUGGGCACAGUUUGUCGGAAACGAAGAGCUCAAGCUGCUCUCCAACUCUGAAAUAUUUCUUGUUCCAGCUGAGAGAGAGAGAGAGAGAGAGAUGAGCAGGUUUCAGCAAUGGGCCUUGAUAGUAAAAGAAGCACUAGACAAAAGUUUUCUGGUUGCCAAAUUCUUCUGUGCAGUGCAUGUCACCAGUACCUACCUCUGCUCCACUGCUUUGGUCUAUGGUCCUAGCAUGCUCCCCACCUUUAACCUUAGUGGUGAGAUUGUCCUGCUUGAGAGUAUCUCAACCCGAUAUGGCAAAGUGGGUUCAGGUGAUGUAGUCAUAGUUCGGUCGCCUGAAAAUCCAAGGAAGGUCAUCACAAAGAGAAUUAUUGGCAUGGAAGGUGACAGUAUUACCUAUGUUGUGGACCCCAUAAACAGUGAUAGAACCGAGACCCUUGUUGUUCCCAAGGGACAUAUUUGGGUCGAGGGAGAUAACAUUUACAGUUCUAAUGAUUCAAGGAAUUUCGGACCCGUUCCAUAUGGGCUUCUUCAAGGCAAGGUUUUUUUGAAGAUAUGGCCUGCUGGUGCAUUCGGAUUAAUUGGGAGGAGACCGCAAACUGUUGACCCUGCCCUUAAGGUAGCAGAGGAGUUGAACAAUUCAUGAGUUGUAGAAUCGUGAACUCUUCAUGGCUUCGGCUUUUUGGAUGUCUUGCAUUUUACUACCUGAAUCUAUAGAGACAAUUCUUCAAGGGAGUAAUAAUUUUUUCAAGCUACAAAUGAACCUCACUUGUUACCUUCGGGAAACUGCAAUAAAUAACUUCAUAUUUUACCUUGUUU